AUGUCCAGAUUUCGGAGAUUAGCUAGGCUGAUAGAGGGCAUAACGUUCCCCCGGAGGCUGAUUCUCGCCGACCAGAGAGCAAUAGCCGGACCAGAAGCAGUGCAAGAAUGGAGUCAACAUUCAGCUUGUACAGUGCGACAUACGAGAAGCUUAGUACCGGCAAACUUGUCUGACCGUAGAACAAGUGCAGCUGUAGUUGUACCGGAGUGCGCUCUUAACGGGUUGAGUCAGCGGUGGUCUUAUAACGGGUUGAAUCAACGGUGGUCUUAUAGCGGGUUCAGUCAACGAAGAUUCUGGAGCUCGGCAGCGUCGUCUGGCGAUGCUCUUCCAGCCUCGGCUCCUGAAGUCAAGGUCUUCCGAGCGGGCCCGCAAGGCGAGUACGAGCGGCGGAAGCAGCUGGGGGAGCUGCGAACGGGCGAUCCGUUUCAGGACGAAACCGUGGCGACGCUCCAGAAGCUUUACGACGUGCUGAUCGGAUUCGGAGGCCACCCCGAGUUCCAACUGCAGAAGAGGAAGCGGCGGCCGGCCUUCUGGUCGCUGUUCAUGCGGAAACCACAGAGCCACCCUCCCAUGAGGGGGCUGUACCUGUGGGGCGGCGUGGGCACAGGCAAGACCAUGAUGAUGGACCUCUUCUUCCACGAGCUCCCCGAGUGGAUCACCAAGUCGAGGAUUCACUACCACGACUUCAUGCUCUCAGUGCACUCCAGACUGCAGAAACACAAGGGCACGUCCGACCCCUUGGAGGUUGUGGCGACCGAAAUCACGUCUGAAACGAGAGUUCUGUGCUUGGAUGAGUUUAUGGUAACAGACGUUGCAGAUGCCAUGAUUCUCAACCGCCUCUUCAAGCAUUUAUUCGACAGAGGACUGGUGCUCGUGGCAACAUCUAACCGCCCCCCAAUACGCCUCUACGAGAACGGCCUUCAACGGGACCUCUUCCUCCCCUUCAUCGCUCUCCUCCAGUCUCAGUGUGUGGUGCAUGAGAUCCAGUCAAUGACUGACUACAGAAAGCUGGCAGCGGUGGAGCAGGGGUGGUACUUCACAGGCACAGGGGCGGCAGCGCUACUGGGGAAGAAGGUGGAGCUGCUGGUGGGAGGGGCGGACCUGGGCCCUGUGGACGUUGAAGUGCUUAUGGGAAGGAAACUCAGGGUGCAACGAGCAGCCAAGGGAGUGGCGGCAGUCAAAUUCUUUGAGCUCUGUGAGGUGCCGCUUGGUGCUGCUGACUACUUCGCCCUCUGCAAGAAUUUUCACACCAUAGCCAUGGAGGGCAUUCCCAUAUUUGGGGCGUCUAACAGAGGGGCGGCGUAUCGAUUCGUCACUCUUAUAGAUGUGAUGUACGAGCACAAGACCCGUCUCGUCUGCUCAGCAGAGGGCACCCCCUUUCAGCUCUUUGAGCGUGUGGUUACCAUCGCAAAUGCGCCACGUAGGACAGCUGCCAGGUCAGCGAGAUCCGAGGAUGCUGAUGUGGCAGUGGAUGACGAGCUGGGAUUCGCCAAGGACCGCACAGUCAGCAGGUGA